GGAGCCAGAGACCAGCCCGGGCAUGGUGCGUGGUGUACGCGCUCUGUACCCCCCGGCAAUGGCAGGGUGGGCUCCAGCGGCCACAGAGGUCACGUCCCCCCUUGCUGUGGUGUCUUGAGUCAGCGCAUCGCCAUGCCCUGCCCGUGGCUGCCACUGACGCAGGCGCUGGGGACUCAGAGCACAGGAAUGGGGUGGCCCUGUUUGGAGGACUGGGGACCUCCUGCACGUCUCAUUGACCCACUGUUGUUGAGGUCAACUCACCCUUAUUAAUUAGAUGCCUCUAUUAAAGUGGGAGGGGGAGGUUUUCGGGCUCCACUGUCCCCUGUGUCCCUGCAGCUCCACUCGCCAGGGAUACGUCUUGCCUGGGGAGGGGGACCUGAGCUAAGAACCCCCCCAUCUUCUCUCCCCUCCAGGUGCCUGUGGGAGACGCAGGGAGCCGGCAUGGCGCAGCCCAGUGCACCCCCUGCCUAUGAUGACAAGAACCCUCUGUACCCCCCACCUCCAGCCGGGUACCCCCAGCCCCCCCACUAUGGGGGGUACCCCCAGCCUGGGGGCUACUACCCACAGCCUGGGGGAUACCCCACAGCAGGGGGGUAUGCACAACCAGGGGGGUACCCAGGGGCAGGGGCGUACCCCCAGCCGGGGAUGGCCAUGCCCACCAUGCCUAUGCGGUUUGGUGACAAUGGCAUGGGGGAUGGCUCCCCAUUCCAAUCGGCCGACUGGGAUGACAGGAAAGUCCGGCACACCUUCAUCCGCAAGGUCUAUGCCAUCAUCUCCUUGCAGCUCCUGGUGACAGUGGGGAUCAUCGCCGUGUUCACCUUUGUCCACCCUGUCCGCUCCUUCGUCCAGAGGAACGUCGCCAUCUACUAUGCCUCAUAUGCUGUGUUCCUGGUGACCUACCUGGUGCUUGCCUGCUGCCAGGGUCCCCGGAGACGCUUUCCCUGGAACAUCAUCCUGCUGAGCAUCUUUACGCUGGCCAUGGGGCUGAUGACGGGGACAAUUGCCAGCAUGUACCGCACCAACGCUGUCCUGAUCGCCAUGCUCAUCACCGCCAUUGUGGCCAUCAUUGUCACCAUCUUCUGCUUCCAGACCAAGGUUGAUUUUACAUCGUGUCCGGGUCUCUUCUGUGUGCUGGGCAUCGUGGUCAUGGUGACCGGGAUCGUCACCGCCAUCGUCCUCUCCUUCAAAUAUGUCCCCUGGCUCCACAUGCUCUAUGCAGCCAUCGGCGCCAUCGCCUUCACCCUGUUCCUUGCCUAUGACACCCAACUUGUGCUGGGGAACAGGAAGAACACAUUAAGCCCUGAGGAGUACAUCUAUGGUGCCCUCACCAUCUACACCGACAUCAUCUACAUCUUCACCUUCAUCCUGCAGAUCGUGGGCCGCGAUUAGCCUGAGACCCCUCCUGUCCCGACCCUGCUGCCCCUCACCCCUUUCUCUGGCCUCUGUACAGGAUAUGGCCACUUACCACGACUCGUAACGCUUUGGCAUCCCUACCCAUAGACUGCUAAGGAAAGGGCUUCCCUUGACCCACCCCCACAAGCCUCCAAGGGUAGCGUGGGGGAACCAGCUGCCUGUGUUUAGGCAGUGCCCAACCUCAGCACUGCUUGCUGAGGCCAUGCUGGCGGUGCCGGGCUGGUAGCAGAGUGCCACGGUCCUGCCUGGGCUCAGGGAGCUCGCAGCAGCACUGGGACUGUGUUGGGAUGUUUCUGGGAGAGUCCGGUCAGUGUCAUUCACUUGGUGCCUUAAACGCGGCUCAGGCCAUGUCCCAUUCCUGAGCUGCGGCAGUGCCCGGUGCGGGCAGGAUGGGGAACCCUGUGUGGUACUCGUGGCAGAGCUCGUGUUCCCAAGGCCCUGCAGCUGUGGCCGUGGACGAAGUUGCACUUGCUAAAUAAAACACUUUAAUUUUGCA